GGAAGUGGGGGCAGCUGAGUUAGAGUCCCAACUCCUUGGACUCCAUUUGCUAUUCUUUUCUUUCUCCUUCACACCUAUCUGGUGGUAGUAGGCGUUUAUAUUUGCAUUUCUUUUCAUUCAUUUCCAAACCUUUAAAAUUUUUUUAGGGUUGGGGGUAGUGGGAAAGGCAGGAAAGGGGUAGGGAGGAGAGUAGUCGCAGAAGAGCAGGAGGAGGACAUGGAGAUGAAGAAGAGGAUUAACCUGGAGUUAAGGAACAGAGCCCCAGAGGAGGUGACAGAGUUAGUCCUUGAUAACUGCCUUUGUAUCAAUGGGGAGAUUGAAGGUCUCAAUGAUACUUUUAAAGAACUGGAGUUUCUGAGUAUGGCUAAUGUGGAACUCAGUUCUUUGGCCCAGCUUCCCAGCUUAAAUAAACUUCGAAAGCUGGAACUUAGUGACAAUAUAAUUUCUGGAGGCUUGGAAGUCCUGGCAGAGAAAUGCCCAAAUCUUACCUACCUCAAUCUGAGUGGAAACAAAAUCAAAGAUCUCAGUACGGUUGAAGCUCUGCAAAAUCUUAAAAAUUUGAAAAGUCUUGACCUGUUUAACUGUGAGAUCACAAACCUGGAAGAUUACAGAGGAAGCAUUUUUGAACUGCUGCAGCAAAUCACAUACUUGGAUGGGUUUGAUCAGGAGGAUAACGAAGCCCCAGACUCUGAAGAAGAGGAUGACCAGGAUGGUGAUGAAGAUGAUGAUGAAGAAGAAGAUGAAGCCGGUCCACCUGAAGGAUUUGAGGAAGAGGAGGAAGAAGAAGAGGAGGAUGAGGAUGAGGAUGAAGAUGAAGCAGGCUCAGAAGUGGGAGAGGGAGAAGAAGUGGGCCUCUCCUACUUAAUGAAAGAUGAAAUUCAGGAUGAAGAAGAUGAUGAUGACUAUGUUGAAGAAGGGGAAGAAGAGGAAGAUGAAGAAGAAGAGUGUCUUCGAGGGGAGAAGAGGAAACGAGAUGCUGAAGAUGAUGGAGAGGAAGAAGAUGACUAGAUCAUUCUGAGACGGAGUCCCUAAUGUUCCUGGGUGUGCAAUGGAGUGAUCACUUCUUCCUCUGUUUCUCUGUGUACAAUAGCUGUCCCUUCAGAAGAGAUUGUGUAACUUUUUAUAGGAGAAGUUUGGUUUUACUAUUUUUGCCUUAUCAUUCCAAAUAAGAGUUACUAGUAUGUUAAUGAUCAUAUUGUAUGUAGAGAAUAAUUUCCAUCGGCCCCCAUUGUGAAAUUCCCUAGCAGUUUAUUUAGAAUCUUAAUUUCUCUAAUUCAGGCUCACUGUAUUAGUCAUUUUUAGCUCAUAAUUAAAACAUGAUCGCUUUUACACAGGUGUAGUUUGGUGCAUUUCAUUCAUAAGGUUUUAAAGUUAUUUAUAAAUUAACUAAGAUUACAGUCAGUUGUAAUAUGAAAUAACAAUCGUCGCUUGAAUAAGCUGGUUAUUUUUUUAGAGGUGAUCCAGAGAUCUUCAGUUGAAGGAAAUGACUUGUUUUUGGGCUGAGGACAUUUGGGUGCUUUCUCUGUCACAAGAGUAACUUGGAAAGGAGCAGAGUAGUACA